ACAACAAGCCAGCUCCAGCUAGGCCGCCGGCUGGGGGGUGGGACCAUGGCGGGUAGGACCCUAGCCCUGCGCUAUGGCCCCCCGUGGUCUCCCAUUUCUGGAACCGAGGUGCCUGGAUCCUGGCCGGAUUGGCAUCUAACCAUCAGUGGCGUUGCCCACCACAUUAUCCCCUCCGCGUCCUUUCCCCCGCCCACUGUACAGUCCACGGUCGCUGAGCCCCUACCCCCCGCCGCAAGGCAUCAUUUACACAUCUGGGAUUUCGACGAAGUCAUCAGCAGAUGGGAGACGACCUACGGUUCUGCCCACGUGCCCAAAAGCCUGGGUGGGCCCUACGCUCAGCCCAAAGCCCCAGAGCCUGCGGACCCCACGCGGACAGUAGGGAUUAAGACCUUAGGAGAAAAAGUAAGGUUCUGGGAUUCCGGAGUCCAUAGGAGGAUAGGGUUGGGGACCGCAAUGGAGUCCUCUGUCCUCACCUUGGUUCUCUGGGUCACCUUCGUGCAGCUCACACACCGAGGCUGGCGCCUCCCCUUGAUCACAAAACACCACAGCAGCGAGACCAAGGCACAGUACAGGGGUUGGCCCAGCCAGGACCGGCGCGUCGUCUCCUACGUCGGGCCCCAGCCCUCGGAGCUGGCAGACCACCAUCGCGGGGGCCCUUCCCAGGCCCUAAUUCCCUGGACCAAGAGCUCUGAGCUGGCUGGCCGGCCUUUCACAAUAUCCGACCAGGGAGUCCUGGACCACAAUCAGCUCUAUCUGACCACCUCUGCCCGAGACUUCCGCUUCUACACAAAGAAGGAGCUGUCCGGAUACCCCUGCAAAGACACGCUGACCUACUGGAAGUUCCAGAUGCCUCAGGUCCAGGGCCACGGCUCGCAGCGGACACAGUUUUCUCGCUUCUCACUGCCGCCCGGACCACCGCGGGCCCGCUUGCCCCACGUGCGCCCGGGGACUCCAGCCGUGCCGCACCGCGGGGCCCUGACUCUGGCUCAGGAGUCCUAUAGCCCCCCGGCGCACCCACUUCACCGGCUUGACCGCUUCUGCCCAGUGGAGGCGCCUUGGGGUGGCCCCCACUGGAAGCCCUUGCCGGGCAUCUACAGCGUGCCUAAAGCCUACCGCACCGAGAACUCUCGCUAUGGCAGUUUGAAGCCAGAGUUAGUCUGAGCUGGCCGGGCCAGUCCCGCCCCCGAACCCACCUGCUAAACUGUGAGGAGGAGCCAAGCUUAGGAGCCCCACCCAUUAUGUGGGGCCGAGCCAGAUACGCCCAUCGAAUUUUUUGAUGUGGGCCGGGCUAACUCUAGACACGCCCACUCCUUUUUGGACCCCAGGAAACUUGUAUUGAAGCUGAGCAAAAGGGACAAGUCCUCUGCAGAAGAGGGGGCGGGUCCUAAUGUAGUCGAUGAGUUAAAUAACCUAAAUCACACUCAUUUCUGGGGCCUUAAUCUCUGAGAAUGUGGGUGUGGGGGAGAUGCUCUGGCUGAAUCUCUUGUGCGGCAUCGGGAGGAGAGCGAGACCCCACUCAGCACAGAAAUUUAGAAGCCCUCUUUGCAUAGAAUCUAAUACUGAAGCCCCCCAACCCACUCCUGUUGGACUCUACCAGGGGAACCGUGUCUUUCAGCCUGUCCCAGUGCAGCAGAGUUGUGGCUUCAGCCAAGAACCUCUGGCUUAGAGUCUACAGCCUUCCUCCUGUGAUGGGCCCAGGGAUUUUUUUUUUUU